GCGUUCUUGAGCCGCUGCAUAACCGAAUUGCGCGGUCCGUGAAAUUUGGCUCGAGUCGCUACAGCCUCGAGAGCUUCUAAUCACUUAAUUGAGGUUCUGAUACCUGACUGUUGACUUGUUGUUGCCCGUAUCUCCCACUGGACCUCCGCUAAGCUCUGAACCUCCGCUCCGGACGCUCACACAGCCAUGGCUUCCAAGGUACCCUCCCGGGAAGCUCUGACGCUGCUCAAGCACUCGAUUCGUCCCGCAGUAGCCCUGCGCGCGCAAGCACAGUCGCGUCUGAUUUCUUCCGCGGGCACGUCGCUGCGUUCACAGGCUCAGGCUCAUCCUUCGCGCCAAACACAACGGAGCACUGCAACGUUCACGCACUCGCACCAUGCGGAAGCCGUGUCUGUCAUCCCGAGCCUGGUGGACACCACUUCGGCAGACUUCAAGGAGAACAAGCAUGAGAUGGAGCAAGUCACCGAGAAGCUGAACAACUUGCACUCCAAGAUUGCACAGGGAGGACCGCAGAAGGCGAGAGACAAGCAUCUCCAGCGCGGCAAGAUGCUCGUCAGAGACCGCAUCACGGCACUGAUCGACCCGGGAACACCGUUCCUGGAACUCAGCCAGAUGGCCGGUCAUGAAGUCUACCCCGGCGAAGACACGCCCGCAGCUGGCAUCGUGACUGGUAUUGGAACCGUGAAUGGCGUCCAGUGCAUGGUUGUCGCGAACGACAGCACCGUCAAGGGAGGAACAUACUACCCGCUGACUGUCAAGAAGCACCUCCGAGCCCAAGCCAUUGCGCAGGAAAACCGACUGCCUUGUAUCUACCUCGUCGACUCUGGCGGCGCGAACUUGCCGCAUCAGGCCGACGUCUUUCCCGACGUGAACCACUUUGGUCGCAUCUUCUACAACCAGGCGCGCAUGUCCGGUAUGGGCAUCCCCCAGAUCAGUGUCGUAAUGGGACCCUGCACUGCUGGAGGGGCAUAUAUCCCCAGCAUGAGCGAUGAGAGCAUCAUCGUGGAGAACCAGGGUCACAUCUUCCUCGCUGGCCCGCCGCUCGUCAAGGCAGCAACUGGCGAAGUUGUCUCGGCAGAGGACCUGGGCGGCGGCAAGCUGCACAGCGAGGUCUCCGGUGUCACAGACUACUUGGCCGUCGAUGAUGCCCACGCGCUCGUUCUGGCGCGUCGCAGCAUUGGCAACCUCAAUUGGCACCGCAACCAAACCGUCUCCGUCAAGCCGACCUUCAAAGAGCCUCUGUACGACCCCAAGGAGCUGAACGGCAUCGUGGGCACAAACCUGCGCAAGCAAAUUGCCAUCCACGAAGUCAUUGCGCGCAUCGUCGACGGCUCGUCCUUCUCCGAGUUCAAGCCCCUCUACGGCUCCACGCUUGUCACAGGCUUCGCCACAAUAUACGGCCACCCGGUCGGCAUCGUCGCCAACAACGGCAUUCUCUUCAGCGAAAGCUCACUUAAGGGCGCCCACUUUGUCCAGCUCUGCGGAAAGCGACAAAUUCCCCUGAUCUUCCUGCAGCACAUCUCUGGCUUCAUGGUCGGCCAGGACGCAGAGAAGGGCGGAAUUGCGAAGAACGGUGCCAAGCUGGUCACGGCGGUCAGCUGUGUCGAUGUGCCCAAGUUCACGGUCGUCGUUGGAUCGAGUGCUGGCGCUGGUAACUAUGGCAUGUGCGGCCGUGCCUACUCCCCUCGUCUCCUCUUCACGUGGCCCAAUGCAAAGACAUCCAUCAUGGGCGCCGAACAGCUGUCCUCCGUCAUGGCCGCGGUCGGCAAAUCCGAUCCGGAGCUCAGAUCACGUAUUGAGCACGAGAGUGAGGCUACAUUUGGAUCGGCGAGGCUGUGGGACGAUGGGAUUAUCCCACCUGAGCACACGAGGAGGGUGCUAGGGAUGGGGCUGCAGAUGGCGUGUGGUGGGCAGAACACUGGGGUGGAGAGGGAGAGCAAAUGGGGUGUUUUCAGGAUGUAGAUACUGUCGCCUAGAAACCCCGUUACACGUUCACAGACAUCUGCAG